AGAAAUUUAUAAUAAUUAUGGUCCAAAGGUGCGUAAUUUUGAUUAAACAUUUUUAUUAAAGAUUUUAUAUUAAAAAAGUUUUCUUUUUCUCUUAAUUUCUCUUAAAAGUCAAAUAGAGAAUUAUUAAUUGCUUAUGGAUUUUGUAUUAAAGAUAAUCCGGAUGAUUGGGUAAUGAUCAAAUUAAAUUUUGAUCAAGAUCCUGAUAAGGAUGAAAAAUAUGAAAUUUUAGAAAUUACUGAUUCUUUAGAUUUUACUCAUUUUAUUAAAAAAGAUUCUAUUCCAGAUAAAUUAUUAUCUCAAUGUAGAAUUAUUGAAUUAAAUUAUUUAGAAACAAUUUAUUUUCAACAAAAUUUUAAAAAUUCUUAUCAAGAAAGAGGAAAUGAUUUAUUUAAUUUUGUCGGUUAUAGAAAUGAAAUUUCUAUGCUUGAAAUUUUAUUGAUGUUAUUAAAUAGAAAGUUGAAUACCAUUAUAGUUAAUGAACAAAACCAAGUUAAUCAAGAUGAUGAAUUAUCACUUCACGUUAAAAUUUUUAGAGAUGAUCAAAAAGAAAUCUUGAAGAGUGUUAUAUCAAAGAUACAAUCUCUUGAAUUAAAGGUUCUUUCUCGUGCUUUGGAUGAUUUUAAAGAAAAUAGGCUAUCUAAACCACCUUUCUUAUUUAACAACACAAUAAAUGAAUUUAUUAUGGAUAACUCAUUAUUAUUCGAAAAUAAUAAUAAUGAUUACUUUGAAAUUAAAGAAAAUUUAUUAGAUUCUUUAUUAAUAACUUCGGAUAAAGCAAUGAAGAUGGAUCAAGAAUUUUCAAAAGUUAUUCACAAUAUAUUUGAUGAUGAACUUUUGGAAACUGAAGAUGAUAUAGUAUUAAUAUUAUUUUUAAUUCAUGAAAGUAAUAAUAAAAAUUCAUAUUGGAAAAAUUUCUUUGAUGCGGUAAAAGAUUAUAAAUUUGUUUUGAUGAAUGAUGGAGAUGAAAAACAAAAAUUACAAGAAUUGAACGAAUUUUAUGAAAAUUUAUCACAAUCAAUAUUUUCCAAUGAUUUACCUAAUGAUUUAUUUUCAAAAGAAAUUUUUACCUUUGAAAAUUUUGUUUGGGCAUCAAAUUUAUUAGAUAGUUUUCAGAUUAAUUUGGAAAAUAAGAGGGGUAAAAAAUUUUUAGGGAUAAUGCCAUUGUAAUUAUUGUAAUAUUGUAAUCUUUUUUUUUUAAUAAAAUAAAAAAGUAACUUGUAUUAGUGAAUAGUGAUAUUCCCAAAAUUGAU